GAGUCAGGACCCACCAACCCGAAGCGCCUAUAAAUUUAGCCUCCAAAGCCACCGGAGAAAUCGCAACGUAAACGAAGAAGAGAAACAAAGCUGACCCGGAAAAGGAAUAUUCAUUUCAUAUCAAAAAAUGGUAAAGGAAGCAGAGAACGCAAAGAAACCCAGGUUUCUAUGUCUCCAUGGAUUUAGAACAAGCGGCGAAAUUCUCAAGAAACAGAUACAUAAAUGGCCUGAAUCGCUUCUUCAGAACUUGGAUCUUGUUUUCCUAGAUGCUCCUUACCCAGCCAAUGGCAAAUCUGAGGUCGAAGGAAUCUUUGAUCCUCCUUAUUACGAGUGGUUCCAGUUCAACGCGGAAUUUACAGAGUAUACAAACUUUGACGAAUGUCUUGCUUAUAUUGAAGAUUUCAUGAUUAAAAAUGGACCGUUUGAUGGUCUCCUGGGUUUCUCUCAGGGGGCAAUAUUAUCGGCGGGGCUGCCGGGACUACAAGCCAAUGGUGUGGCUCUAACAAAAGUACCUAAAAUAAAGUAUCUGAUAAUAAUCGGAGGAGCAAAGUUCAGGGCACCAUCUGUGGCUGAGAAGGCAUAUCUUUCACCAAUUCAAUGCCCGUCGCUCCACUUUUUGGGAGAGAUGGACUACUUGAGGCCAUAUGGACUGGAGCUCUUGGAAUCCUGUGUAGACCCUGUAGUGAUCCAUCAUCCAAAGGGCCAUACCAUACCAAGACUUGAUGAAAAAAGUCGGGCGAUCAUGCACAGCUUCAUUGAACGGAUUGCCAGUGCCAAGAAAGAAAAUAGCGCUUCUGUUUAGAUUAGCCUGAUAAGCAUUGGUAGUAUUUGUAAUCAAAUCCGGAAAGAAAAACAGCUCAUUAUAUUUGUCUGCUUAGAGAAACCUUUAGCAAUUUAUAAUGGUUAGUUUUCAUCAAUAUAUUUACAGCUACUAUGUUUA